AUGGGAUUUGCGGUGUGCCUGAUUCUCACGCUACUUGCUGUUGGAGUAAAUUAUGCCCACAAACGGAGCGAGAUUGUGAUGAAUGCUUCGGAGGGGAUUGAGGUCGGCUCCACAAUUGGAACGCUCGCUAAGCAUAGCGGUGGGCGGGAAACCUCGUAUCUCGAAACAGUCAAAAAAGACUCACUGUUCAACAUUGAUCGAGACGGAAAAGUGGUUGUCGCGAAACCAAUUGACCUAGAAGUGCUGUGUCAGGAGAGUGGAGUCUGUUGCUCGUUCCCGCAACCCUGCCAGUUGUUGUACACCAUUAUGGUGGAGGAUACGAGAUCUGGCGAAAUGGGAGAGAUCGACCUGCGGAUUCGUAUCAAAGACGUCAACGAUCACGCCCCUCGUUUCCGCCAGCCCAACGGGCAGGUUGUCCAGAUCUCGGAAAAUGCACCCAUCGGAACCUUCAUCGACCUUGAUCCUGCAGUCGACGGGGACUGGUCUUUGGAGAACCAGAUCCAGCGGUACACCCUCUACGGGGCAGACAUUCAGCAAUACUUUGAAAUUGACAAUUCAGACCUCCCGUCAGUGAGAUUAAAAUUGCGGGAGCAGUUGGAUUACGAAAAACAGUCCGCCUUCAAGGGUUCACUUGAAGCCUGUGAUCGGCACAAUUGCACCUCUGCUCCUCUGACAGUUAAUGUCAUCGAUGUUAAUGACAACCUUCCUUUCUUCCACCCUCCACUGGAACAUAAUCUAACCCUUUCAGAAGAUACUCCAAUUGGUGAGGUGAUUUUGCGUCUCAACGCUACUGACUACGAUUCCCCAGUCAACGCUCGAAUGCGCUUCGAGUUUGUGAACACCAAGAGUCUUUCUCUUCCUGACAAUUUCCAUCUGAACCCAGACACGGGCGCUAUUUCAUUGGCACGUCGACUUCAAGCUGACGUCCGCUCGAACUACCACUUCAAGGUCCGUGUCAAGGAGAUUUCUGAUUCAACUCCUAUUAAGUCAUUUGAACAGAGCUUAGUAUUCAACGACCUACAUCGGCAGGAUACGGUUAGUGUAAACGUCCACGUGGAGGACGUCAACGACUUCGCACCUGACAUUCGAAUGAUUGAUCCGCCUAAAGGCGUCGAAGUUAGGGUUCCGGAAAACUCAUUGCCUUCGCGGAUCGCCGUCUUGCAGGUGGAGGACAGGGAUCUGGGCGACAACGGGCGUUUCACUUGUCAUCUGGAUGGUAACAACGUUGGUGACAGUUUCAGUUUGCGUCAGUUCUCGCCCAAUACCUACUUCCUCCACACCGAGCGCAGUUUCGACGCCGAGGUGGAGCCAUUUCUCCACGUCAACAUCACCUGCACCGACAAAGGCACUCCCGAACCCAAAACAACCAAACGGAAGAUCGCUGUGCGCAUCGAGGACAGGAAUGAAUUCAAACCCGUCUUCACUAAGAAGGAGUACACAGCUAAGAUAACGGAGAAUCCCCCCAACAACACGUUUGUCCUGCAGUUACAUCUCGUGAUGAGCUGGAACUGUUUCCAAUCUGAGCACAUGUCCACUGGAGAUGAGAUGGCAGGACACCGGAUUUUGGUGUCGAGUGGAAGGUGA